AUGGACAACAUGAAAAAAGUUGGUAACAGCUCUUGCAGUGAUGGAUUUCUACUUAGAAUGGGCCUCAAUGAUAAUAAAGCUGGAAUGCAGGGUUUGGAUAAAGAGAAAAUCAACAGCAUCAUCAUGAAAGCUACCAAGGGUUCUAGAUUUUAUGAAAAUGAACUUAAAAAAGAUCAGCAAGUUAACCAACGAAUUGAAAAAAUGAUGCAGCUAAAAGAGAAAAUUACAACACAACAGCUCUUGAAAGCACAGCUGCAGGUGGACAAGCUUGUGACAGAACUGGAGCAGAGCCGUAACCUCAGCAAUACAAUUGUACACAUUGACAUGGAUGCCUUCUAUGCAGCUGUGGAGAUGCGAGACCAUCCAGAGCUGAAGGACAAACCUAUAGCAGUAGGAUCAAUGAGUAUGUUGUCCACCUCAAAUUACCAUGCUAGGAGAUAUGGUGUACGUGCAGCUAUGCCUGGAUUUAUUGCUAAAAAGCUAUGUCCACAUCUAACUAUAGUACCAUUAAACUUCGAAAAAUACGGCAAAGUGAGUAAGGAGGUUAGAGAAAUACUGGCUGAAUACGAUCCAAAUUUUAUGCCGAUGGGCCUAGAUGAAGCCUACCUGAACAUAACAGAGCAUUUGGAAGAAAGAGUGAACUGGCCUGAAGACAAGAGAAGAUUCGUUUUUAACACAGAGAGCACUACAGAAAAAGAUAAAGAUGAUACAAAUAUGUCUGCCAAAUUUAAUGAAGGUGGAUACUCUUCUUCACCGGUACUGUUUGAAGACAACACACCUCUGAUGGAUGAUCAUCCUGACCAAAGAGGUCAAUCAGCGGAAAAUUCAGUUGUCUUUGGAACGUCUGCAGAGGAAGCUGUGAAGGAAAUUCGCUUUAGGAUUGAGCAGAAAACUCAACUGACUGCUAGUGCAGGAAUAGCGCCAAAUACCACGUUAGCAAAAAUGUGCAGUGAUCGUAACAAGCCUAAUGGACAGUGCAGAAUUGUUCCUGAGAGACAAGCAGUGCUCGACUUCCUAAAAGAUUUGCCCAUUAGAAAGGUGCCAGGUAUAGGAAAAGUAACAGAGAAGAUGUUAAAAGCCCUUGGAAUUGUGACUUGCUCAGAACUUUACCAGCAGAGGGCACUGCUUUCUCUUCUUUUUUCAGAAGCGUCUUGGCGUAAUUUCUUGGAUAUUUCCCUUGGUUUGGGUUCAACACAUUUGGAAAAGGAUGGAGAAAGAAAAAGUAUGAGCACUGAAAGAACAUUCAGUGAAAUAAACAGAGCCGAAGACCAGUACAGCUUGUGUCGAGAACUCUGCAGAGACCUUGCACAAGAGUUACAGAAAGAGGGGCUUAAGGGUAAAACUGUUACCUUGAAGCUGAAGAAUGUGAACUUUGAAGUAAAAACAAGAGCAUUAACUGUGCUGUCUUCUGUUUCUACUGAGGAGGAGAUAUUUGCUGUUGCUAAAGAAUUGUUAGGGACAGAAAUUGAUAGUGUUGCUCCUCACCCUUUACGGAUAAGACUUAUGGGUGUACGAGUAUCAGGAUUUCUAAGUGAAGAAGAGAAGAAGUACCAACAAAAAAGCAUUACAAGUUUCUUAAAAUCUGGAAAAGAGAUUAGUUUUCUUAGGCUUCAGCCAGCAAAGUCCAACCAAGAGUACUUCACCGAAAAUUCAGAAGCAUCUCCCAGAGGGAGUUUUUUUGAUAAAAAACGAGCUGCAAGGCAACUAAACCAUGAGAAUCUGUCUUUGAAUGAAACUGCAUGUCAGCAGCCCUUUCAUGAUGGUAAAUCAUCAGCAAAUUUUGUGGAAGAAACAAAGAAAGCUACAGACUUAGAGAAUUCUAAUGUGUGUACAAUCUUCACCUGCCCUGUUUGCUUUGAAGAGCAAAGCAGUGACAAUUUGGAAGAGUUUAAUAGGCAUAUUGAUGAGUGUCUUAAUGGGACUCUUGUUAAAGAUACUGUGGAAAUAUCCAAGAAUGACAUUUCAAGAGAAAAUACUCUUAAAUUUCUUCCACAAUUUCAAAAUGAAAAUGUUGAUGAACGUCAAAAAAAUAGAACAGAUCAGUUAGCAGGAGCAGACCAGUCUGCAAGUACAUCAGACAACUCUAGCAGCAAGAGCACAAAAAAAAUCAUUCAGAUAGUACCUGAUAAACCUCACAGCAAAAGACAGCCUAGCAACCUCAGUGAUAUUGCUAGAAGUGUGUGUAUGAAACAGUGUCUCUUCCCCCAAAAAGCUUCACUAGACAACAAAGACCAUUUUGGAGAAACUGAACGUGCAGAAGAAACCAGUUCAUCCUGUUUCUUGGAAGCUAAAGAAGACAGUGUUCUUGUUUGUCCAGUUUGUAAUUCAGAACAGAAAACAACCAGUCUUGUGUCAUUUAACAGACAUGUGGAUGUCUGCUUAAAUAAAGGCCUUAUCCAGGAGCUGACUGAAAAAAAAGAUUUUCCUACUGAGACUUAUAAUAUGGAAAACUCAAAUAGAGUUGGAGGUUCAAACAGAAGACAGCAGUGCACAAAUCCAUCACAAGGAACAAAAAGGUCUGGACUAACAACUUCACAGUCAGUAUCAAAAAAGGCCAAGUCAAGCGAUUCAAAGCAUACCAUUGAAAAGUUUUUUAAAUGA